AUGAAGGACGCCUUCAUGCAAGAUCAGGUCGGCCUGGACCUGGACGACUUCCCGCUCGACCAUGAGUUUUCAGAGGACUAUGGACUCGAGGAAGAGGACGAGUUGGACAUUGAAAGGGAGCCUUUGUUCGAGGACGAGCUCGCCAACCAAGUCUUCGGGGUGAAGCCGAAGCGCAAGAGCAGGCGGACAAAGGCAUACACCGCGGCCGAGGACAAGCUCCUUUGUGAGUGUUCGAUGGACAUUGGGCAAGACCCCAAGGUCGGCGCCGAACAAAAGGCAUCAACCUUUUGGACUCGUGUCCAUCGUGAGUUCAACGAACGCAAGAAGUUUUCACCGUACCAAAUCCAAAGCACGCGCGGGUGGGUGUCCAUUUCGAAGCGAUGGAAUGUGAUCCAACAAGAGUGCAACAAGUUUUGUGCCACUUAUGAGAGCAUCAAGUCACACCCCGUGAGCGGCAUCGACAUGCAAGGCAUGGCAUUCCAAGCUUUGGAGGCAUUCAAGGUCCAACACAAUGGCAAGUCCUUCAACCUCUCCUAUUGUUGGAGGGUCAUCAAAGACGAGGAGAAGUUCAAGGUGCAAUAUGCCGCCCUCAUGGCGCGUGGGGGAAAUAAAGCCGUGGAGGAGGUUGAGGAGGGCGAGAAGCCACAACCGCGGGGGAAGACCAACUCCAAGAAGGAGGACAAGCGAGAUGCGGCGUCCAACGCCUUGAUCGCUACCGUGGAGGGCAUGAUGACCAAGAAGGACUCAAGGGAGGAGAAGCGCCGGCAAGACAAGGAAGAGCAAAUGAAUGCCUUCAUGGAGAUCCAAAGGAGGAGGCUUGAGAUGGAGGCGGAAAAGCAAGCGAGGAUGCUAGAGAUGGAGGCAGAGAAUCAAGCAAAGAUGCUAGAGAUCGAGGCUGCAAAUGCCAAGACCAAGGCGAAAGAAGUGGCUCUCGCUAGCAUGAUGAUGGGCGUGGAGAUCAUGAAGGUGGACCUCAACAUCGUGUCGCUGAGGAAGAGACUGUGGUUCGAGAAGAUGCAGGCCGACAUGCUCAAGUUCGACGAUGAGUGA